CGUGAUGAUCUACUGGAUCUCAGGCUCCAUCACCACCAGCAUGCGCCUCUACAGUGAAGCCUUUUCCUUGGCGAAUCUUGGACUUAAAAUAGAUGCGGUUCCUACGGACGUCCCGACGGCUGUUGUCAACUUCCCGAACGAGCUUGUGUUCACGCCCCGGUUCAUCGGCGCGGACAAAUUCAAGAAAAUCGUGCACUUCUCCCACGCACCUCGAGGUGACGGAGACUGUGUCAGCAUGGGUUUGAUUCGCGCGGCGCUGACGACGGGCGCCGUCUUGUCGCUUGCGGUCUGUGGCACUACUCCUCGCAACCCGCCCUCCGCCCACCUGCCGCACAGCACUGGGCCCCGGCCCUCGCCAGCCGACAAACCGCCGUCGUGCUUCAAGAUCAGCGCGGACCGCCGCCCAGCUGCAGGAACCUGCGCCACCAGCCUGCCAGCACCCUGCCAGCGCUCACGCCGCCCCUGGCGGCGCCAACUUCCGCUACGGUUCAACUCGCGCUACCUGCAGCAGGUUGGUGAGCUUCUGGGCGGGACGAAGUACAAGUGGGCGGAGCGCGAGGCUUCCUCAACGCGUUGGCCGCAGUUCAAGACGCAGGUGGCGGCUGCAGCUGCAGCUUCAUUCCACGCGAAGCCGAAACCAAGUGCCGGCGGAGCGCGCUGUUUUGGGCUUUCACACGACUGUGUGCUUUCUCAACACGAUGAUGUCGCGAAUCAAGCUGACACUCGCUGGAUUCUUUCCAACAAAGUUCAUGAGAGAAGAAGACGUCAAGAGGGAGUGGCCCUGCGAGACUCCCCUGCAGGGCUGGCGGCGUACAUCCUGGAGAAGUUCUCCACGUGGACGGAGAAGGACUGGCGUUCGUUGCCCGAUGGCGGUCUCACCAAGAAGUUCACCCUCACCAAGCUGCUGGACAACGUGAUGAUCUACUGGAUCUCAGGCUCCAUCACCACCAGCAUGCGCCUCUAUAGCGAAUUUUUCUCUUCAAAGAAUAUGGCUCUUCAGUUGGACUCGGUGCCAACCGAUGUGCCGACGGCGUUCGCCAACUUCCCAAAUGAGAUCGGCUUCACGCCGGAGUUCAUCGCGGCCGACAAAUACGAGCGCAUCGUCCACUUCUCCCACCCCCCUCGCGGCGGCCAUUUCCCUGCGCUGGAGGAGCCUCGGCUGCUGGCCGACGACAUCUGGGACGCCUUCCCCAAGCUACUGCGCGCGGCGGCCGACAGGGCGCAGCACAAGGCCAAAUAAACCUCCCCCCUCUCUAUUUGUACAUAGCACUCUGCGGUGAAUACAUUUUUGUACACAAAUGAAUACUUCCGGUGGCUUCUCAUUUUCUUUCUAAAGAGUUCUCCUUAUCUCCUUCCAAUUCCUUUCCUCCUCCUUUCACCCGCUUCCCAGCUCCCUAACAAGGGUCAGUAAGGCCGAAUGACUGUUACAACUUUUCCUCUAUUUAUAUUGCGCUCAGUGAUGACGGCUAGCUACAUAAGAAUACUUA